ACACUUCCGAGAUUUCUGUAGGGAAAGACAGCAGAGGGUGGAGAGAAUAAAAUUCCAGUCGUUUCUACCAAUAUUUCGGAGUCAUUGCUUCCAAGAUUGGUGCUUGGAGCUCCAGGAUGUCAGUUCGCAGAGCCACUCACGCCGGUAGCUGGUAUACUUCCUCAGUUCAAGACCUGAAUGACCAGCUGGAGGGGUGGCUGGCUGCUGCCAAACCAACGCUGUCUCCUGCACGCGCCAUCAUAGCUCCUCAUGCAGGAUAUGCCUACUGUGGAGCUUGUGGUGCACAUGCUUAUCGACAAGUGGAUCCCAGGAACAUCAAACGCGUAUUCAUCCUCGGACCAUCCCACCACUACCGUCUGAAUGGCUGUGCAGUGACAGCGUACCAAACAUACCACACGCCGCUAUAUGACCUCACUGUAGACACAGGAAUCAACCAGGAGCUUCUGCAGACAGGGGAGUUUGAGCUGAUGGACAUCGCCACUGACGAGGAUGAGCACAGCAUCGAGAUGCACCUGCCAUAUGUGGCCAAAGUCAUGGAGAGUAAGAAGGACCAGUUCACGGUGGUGCCUGUGCUGGUGGGUGGGCUGUCUGUGGACCAGGAGGCCAAGUACGGCCGCCUCUUCAGCAAGUACCUGGCAGACCCGCAAAACCUCUUUGUUAUAUCCUCCGACUUCUGCCACUGGGGUCAACGUUUUAAAUACGUUUACUACGACAGAUCCAAAGGGGAUAUCUACCAAUCUAUAGAAGCAUUAGAUAGAAUGGGCAUGAACAUAAUCGAAGACCUGAAUCCUGCUGAGUUCACCUCCUACCUCAGGAAGUAUGAGAACACCAUCUGUGGACGCCACCCCAUCGCAGUGCUGCUAAAUGCUGUGAAGCACCUGAAGACUGCCAACAGCCACACGCUGUCCCUGCGGUUCCUGAACUACGCACAGUCCAGCCGCUGCCGCCGCAAGGAGGACAGCUCCGUUAGCUAUGCUGCUGCUGCUCUCGUCGUCCAUUGAUGAUGAUGAUAACCAUAGUCCUUUGCAACCACUUGGCCAAAAGUUGAAGUCAAAGUCUGUUGUUACAGGAAAUGUAUGGAUAGUAGAAUAUUCCAGUGUGAGUUAACUAGACCUUCAGUUUGGAAGAUACUGUUUUCUACUGUUUUAGGUUAUUUCAUCAUCAAGUGAAAGACCCAUCUACUUUUGUUUUGCAUCAUGUUCCUAUGAAUUGUGUUUGGUACCACUGACAUGGUACUUUGAUCGAGAAGAGAUUGGAAGAUCAGGAGGUUUAAGAUAAUAGUAUAUCGUCUUAUUCUAUAUACAAUUUUUUUUAUGAAUUCUUACUUUGGCCUUAAAAAUAAGGUCUUUCAACUUCCACAAACAUUUAUAUAGCAUCAGCAGUCUUGGUGGGAUAGCUUCUUUUUGUGUGUGUGAAAAUAUUCUUAUUGGUUUGCCAGUACUUUUUUUUACCGAAACUGAUCUGGUCUAACUUGCAAUUGUAUACCCCACAAAAGUAGUCAGUGGGCCUGCAGUUAUAUGUGUGCGCAAUUCAAAUGCUGUUCAGCCAUUCUACCUUGUACACCAUACAAGAUGGUCCUCAACCAUUCUCAUUGCAAAGAAUGUCAUUGAAAGAGAGUAAAACCCCCCUUCCACUAGACGGCAAUGCUACGUGACCAAAGUUGGAUUCAUGUGACCUUUGAUUUCAUAAUUGGAAUGAUGAUGCAAAAGAUUUGAAGACAACAAAACUUUGCCUUUGUCGUUUGUUGAGUGAUUUGUCAAACAUUCAGUCAUUCAGUGGUUGCAGCCUCUAGUGGACAUGGGGUGUAACACAAAACAGGUUGUACAGUCAUGUAUUAUGCUGAGAUUUAAUGGCCAGUUUCACUCAAUGUUGCUAAGUAGGAUAUGAAAGUUGACAGACUUCUAUGACUUGUUAAAUGUAAUGAUUACUAAUGAUUGUUAAAGGAAGUUGAAGUGAAACAGAAUCAUCUAAAGCAAGUUAACAAGAAAAUAGACUAACCAACAAUGUUUGUACAGCCCAUCCAUCUUGAUGGUUCAAAAGGUAUUUAUUGAGAUCUGGAAGACCACAAUUCAAAGGUGAUAUUCAACAUGAAGGAUCUGAAUAACCCGGUCACGUUCACCGUAGGAUUUCGUACUAUUUCGAGGCAGAACCAACUUGUUAACUUGACAAGUAUCUAAGACAGCCUUUUGAUAACAAAAUUGCCCUUUGCCAUCAAGUUGGAGGCUGUGAUGACUGCUUCUCAUAGAGAUAAAAGAAUCCAGAGCUCCAGAGAUUUUAAACAGCUUCAAUGACAAGAAACAAACUUCCACCUGGCCUAACUUCUGUUCAGUAGCCAGUAUGAAUUGUCAUGUAUGCAUAUGUACAGUGGUAGAAUCUUGGUCACUGCCACUCUUUAAGUAUCCUCUAUGUACAUCAAGGUUGGAUGUUGUACAUUUAUAGCAAUAACUUCAAUUUUCAAACUUUUUUUUAUCUUCAAGUAGCAUAAUGUCCUUUAAACCCCAAUGUAUGACUACUGUACUACAGAAUUGUUUCAACUGUGAAUUUAAGGCACCAUAAAAUGUACUUUACUACGAAGUAAAACCACUUCAAAAGUAUGGUAGAUUUUAAUUCAAAUGCUCACAAUGAAUUGCAAUACUGCUGACUUCAUGUCGUGAUCAUCCUGUGCAUUUAAGUACAAAAUGUAUCAUUCAUUUUCCUAUUUUGUUGACAUUAGUUGUUACAUACAAAUGAUAUUGCGUGAUAACUCCAAGAGGGCUAGUCCAAUCCACAUUAUUUUGACUAAUACUAACACCCACUCUUAUAAAUUGUUCAAAUGUAGGAUUAGGAACAUUAAAAAAUCCUUAAGAAA